AUGACGAUGAGUGUGCGCCACGUGCCGUUCGUGCUGGCCGCUCUGCUGUGCGGCGUGUGCGUGGCGGCUGCGGCGAUUGGGCAAGUACCGCCGCAGGGGGAGUCGGGGGCUAAGGAAGCUGACCUCCAGGCGGCAACCGAUGCACUGAACAAUGUCAAGGCAGAAGUUGAAGCCGCUAAAAAGGGUGCGGCAGACGCUGUGCGUUCGGCGACAAAAGCUUUUCACGCACAAACCUAUGCCUCGCAAAAACUGCAAGACGCUUGGACGGAGGCUGGCAAGGAAAUGAAGCCACAGCAACAGCCACAGACGACUGUGGCAUUAAAUACAGCGACCGAAGCAGCAAAGACAGCGACUGAAGCGGCGAAGACAGCGGUCAAGGCAGCGAAGCAAGCGACUGAGGAAGCACUAAAGAUGGCGAAUGGGGCCGUUGUUAGUGCUGCUGCUGUCGUGGAGAGCCUCAUAAAGGAUGCGCAGAGGUACAAGGAAGAGAGCGGCGCCGUGCAGAAGAAUGCAACAGCGGGCGCAGCGGCGAAGGCACUAAUGGCGGAGGCCGCAACUGCAGCUCAGGCUUCAUUGGAUGUCGGCAAAAAGCUCCAUGAGCUUUGUAAAAAGGCUGCGGGGCGCACCUCUACCGCUUUUAAGGGCGCACAAGACGCAGAAAGUAAAACCAGUGCUGUGACGGCCGUCUCAGUGAAGGACGUUGAAGGUAAGAACGUUGAGGAAAAGCAAAAGAAACUAAACGUAACACAAAUAAAUAUAUUGAAAGUGGCAAAUGCUUUGGUCCCGGUGGUGGCGUACGGGGAUUUCGCAUUGUGGAACUUAACUGAUGCUGUCAUUAUGGCUGCAGAGGCGGAGAAACUGAGGAAGGAGGCAGCGAAGCAGGCGGAGGCAGCGAAGAACGCCGUUGACGAGAUCCCCGCACCAGACGCCGAUCCUCAGACGACGGAGUCGACGCUUGCUGCCACCGGCACGACGGUGACUUCAGAAGAGCAGUUGAAAUCAGAGGCCGAGCA